AAGGCCAUGCUGGCCAUUCAGCUCCUUUUCUUGCUUGCGCAAGCCCUCCUCCAGUACCCUCAGCAGGCCGGCGAUGGGCUGGAUGAGGCUGCACUGGAGCGCAUGCAGCAGCGUGCCGAUUAUCUGAAGCAGCAGAUGACUCAGCUCACUCUGGAGAUGGAGCAGAUGAAGCUGGAGCAGAGCCGUGGGGCCUGGGGAGCUCCGCUAGUGUGGCAGUUCUUGGCUCUGACUGGAAUCCUCCUCCUUCUCUUGGCACUGCACUUUGGACACAAGAAAAUUAGAUGUGAUCCAGACAACAGUGGCUGCAAGGAGAGGUCCAGCAGCAACUCGGUGGAGGAAGAAGAAGGACACAAUGUAGCGGCAAAGGAAGACGUAGAAAGCAACAAUGCAAAUGUGGAAGAGGAGAAUAAGGAUGGAAAGGAAGAAGGAAGCAACGUUGAUGCAAAGGCAGAAAACAGCCUUGGAAGUGAAGCAAAAGAAGGCUAUGAUGAUGCAAAGGAAGACGUAAAUGAUGAGGAAGUGGAGGAAGUCAAUGCUGCCGGAAACGGAGACGACAAAAGCGAUGCAAACGAAGAUGACGACCGCCACAGCAUCAAGAGGAACCUUGGAAGCCUUUCAGAGGUGGACAUAGAGUUGCCAGUUCUGGAUCUGGACAAAGGCUGCUCCAUGAUUACAGACCUGAUGGACAAACUCAUACGCAUCGUUGGACAAGGCUUGUCCAACAGCUUCUACCCGGUGCUACAACAAGCCAUCAGAGUGGGCAGUGGCUUUGAAGGCUGGAGUUCCUGUACACAAGAUGUUGUGUACUGCAUGCUUGUACCCCUGAGUCCCCCUCCAGGACACGCCUUCCACCUGGAGCUGGACACUGCGGGGAUGCUCCAGAGGAAGUUCUGUGUCCGUGUGGAGCAGCUGUGCACCUGCACGAGGGAGAGGCUGGGGGAGGACAUGCUAUGUUUCCUCCACCACCCUGAGGAGGAGCUGAAAAGGAAACAGGACCCCAGCCUCCUGCACACCCUCUGCACUGGCUCCUAUCUAGAUGUGGAGAAAACUGUCCACUGGUUCUGUCGAUUCAUGAGAAUAGCCUGGAUGCUUUUACCUCAGUCUCUCCACUGGCGUUUAGUGCUUCAGCCCUGCAGCCGCUCCUGCAAAUUUCUCCUGAAGAAAGACAAGGAAAUCUUUGCAGCUGAGGUGAUCUUUGGAGUGCAGCAAGGAGACUCAGAUAUCUUUGUGAGCAGCCAGCCUGCAGAAGUAGACAUCCCAAGCACAAUAUGGCUUGAGACUUAUGCCGUGGCAGAGGCAAAAUUUUUCCAGCACGUUUCCAGACGCCCUCCAGCUGGCACUGCAAGUUCCUGCAGAACCUCCAGCAGCAUCCUGAUGGGUGGAGAUUUUUCCAGCUAUGCCCUGAAGACCAUGGUGAUGCACCUGCUGACACUCUACCCCCUGUCUCGGUGGCGCAGGAGGGAUUUCCGGCAGCGACUGAUGGAUAUCCUGAAGUACCUCCACUGCUCUCUGGACACAAAACAACCACUCCGCAACGGGCAACAAGAGAUUCCUGAGGAGAUCAGUUUACCCUCCGACUUCCAGGUGGCUCAACCGCCCAACCUCUUCCAGCACCUGGCCAGCAGGCCGGAUGCCCACACCAAGGCUCUGCAGAGUACGUUCGCCUGCUGCAGCGGCUCAAACAAUUGCCGCUCCACGGCUGUUGAAAGAGAUCCUGGUGCACAGAGCUGUGCUUCUGGGGCCUCUUGACACACCCUGUAUAUAUGAACCUCCUGUAGUUAGUGCAUUUACAGUAUAUAUCAGUACCCUGGAAUUAGUGCAUUUGCUAUACUUACUAAUACCCUCCAGUUAUUGAAUCUACUUUAUAUAUUGGGACCCUUUAGGUAGUGCUUUUACUAUAUAUAUUUAACACACUCUAGUUAGAGAAUUUACUCUAUAUAUAUAUAUAUAGACACACAUAUAUAUAUAUAUGUAUUAGGACACUCUAGGUAGUGCUUUUGCUCUAUUUAUUAAUGCCCUCUAGUUAGUGCAUUCAGCAGUCCAGAACCCUCUUUGUUAUUGUCUCAAUAAACUGGAAUAUUCCAGUAUUAGGAUGGUGCAAGCUCUCCUUUACCUCAACCAGACCUAGAGCAUUUGUAAACUCCACUAGUUGUGAAUCUGUGACUGGCUGGGAGUAGGCACUGUUAUUAGCAAGCCUUUUUUAUCAAACACACACAGUUCUCACUCCCUACUGCUUACAGCCUGUCAUUGCACAGGCUCUCCAUUUCUCCCUUACAUACAAGCUCAAAUUUAGUUUGCAUAGCUGCCUUUUCUGCCUCAAGCUGGAUAGAUGAAUACCAUAUCCAGGUCCUAUGACAAUUGUGGUAACUCAGUCUGUGAAGUUUUUGAAGCUCUAGGUACAAAUAAUACAGCAUGGGCAAGACCAGAACAUAGAGAGAUAAAGUGAAAUCAUUUCUCCUUCCAGAGCAUAAACUAAAUCCUUAACAGCAUAUUCUCCUUCUAAUGAUAGAAGCAAGGUAAUAUAUUCUAUAUUUAUCUCAAGAUGUCAAAGUGCUAGAGAUGAAGAUCCUCCCUUGCAGAGCAUCAGUCAUCCUCUGUAGAAAGGUGAGGAGGACCAGAGGCAGCAUCUGCCAAACUGAUCUUCGUCUCAUGUAGCAGAGAGUUGUUCACUAAAGCACUCCCAAAAAGCUAGAAAUAGAUAAUUAGCAAGACACCAAACCUCCUAUAUGUAGUCACAAUUAAGUGGAAUUUGUAUCUGAAGCCUCUCCAACUCAGGGCUUCCUCUGAAUAGCAAAAGAAGGGAAAUUUUUUAAGCAAUCUUCAAAUGACACAACACACUGUUUAAUCAUUUUCAGAGUUUUCAAAGAGGAUGUAACAUAACACAAUCUUACAGGUCACAACAUCAGUUGUGGUCAUGCAGUUAAAUGCCUCAAGGAAAGCAACUGGAGCUUUGUUAGUGAUUGCUGGGAUUGAACUCCACAAACCUCCUGAAGACAGGUUACUUAUGGUAUAGAUAAAAGUAUCCUCUUCUCUCUUUAUUUUCUCAUUUGUUGUCCUCCCUGUUGUUUCAGAAACCUCUCCUAUUACUGCACUCAGGAAGCUUCCACAGGACUCACAGGAAAUUCCUCUCUAUUAUUUGGCAUCUUGCAGACCAUAUACACUGUAACUCAUCUUCUCAGUGAAAUACACAGACUUCAUCUCCUCUAUCUAUUUUCAUAGGGAAAUCUUGUCAUUCUCCAAAUUGUUCUUAUUACUCGUUUUGAAGGCAUUCUAUGUUUCGUGGAUAUAUUUUGAUGGGUAGCCAGAUCUGAGGGCUGCAUGCUGGGAGAAGACGAGGUAUUUUUCCAGUGGCAGCUGUAUUCUUUGCCCUCCCAGAGGCAGUGGCUGUGUUUUCUGCUCAUUAAUAUUAAAAAAAAAUAUUUCAGAAUGUGAUUUUCUUUCUGGUUCCCAAUCCCUGGCUUCCCAGCCCUAGAGGGAGUUUUCUCUACCAGAUAUAGGGAGAAGCCUGGGUGCAGCUAAGAUGGGGCCACAAGAAAAAGGGACUUCAAAGCGAGGAGAAGCAGAACCACAUCCCCUCCUUGCUGUGCUGCAGCUCCUCCAGAGAUGCCACAGCCCUGGGGCAGUGGCCAAAAUUGCACUUACCUUGCAGAGACUGGCAAACUCCCCACAUUGCCUGACCUAAUGGAGAAUAUCAGCAGCUCCACCUGCCAAGAAGCAAGAUUUUGGGUGUUGGUAUGAGCCCUCCACUUCUGGAACCAAAUCUCUGUAGCCUGAAUACUGUAAAUCAGCAUGAGACUCCUUGUGUCUAAAGAGAAGGGGGUUAAAUCAUUGCUAAUGGCAGAAACACACUUUCAUCCUCCCCACUAACCAUUUUGAGGACAAAUAAAUGCAACUGCUCCCAGAAAAGCUGCCGUUAACUAUUUCUGAAACUAUUUCCCUUCUUGCUAUAUCAACAGGAAAAUAAGUUUUCUCUCCUUGCUAUGGUAAGUUGAGCAUUCUAAUUUGUAAUGUCACAGAGAGGCAUAUCUUAGAAUAAAACUUCAGUGUCUCAUACUGUGCUAGAUUUGUGAAGAAAUAAAUUUUCAAAUGAACUUUUUUGUGCUUUUCUUUCACAAUGGGUGGGAUUAUUUCUUUAGUACUUCAAGUAGCUGGGGAGAAGAAAACCCUAUUCCUCUUAUCCCCUCAGGGCCCCUGAAUCCCAUCCAAAAAGGGUAAAUAUAAAACCAUUAGAAAAAAUUAAUUUUCUAACAUGCUUUAUUACUUCUUGGGACAAACUAGUUAUCUUUUCUUUGAAUUUAUUUGGGGAUUGAUUAAACAUAGCAGGUAUCAGAGAUUAUGUCUCUGUCUUUCUUACCACUCUUCUAGAGAAGAUAAAAACUGGAAAACACAUGUAUUCUGUUCUGAUCAGUCUUGGAAAACAUAUCAAAAAAUAGGUUCUCAGGGAGAGCAGUAGAACCAAAAAGUUCAGAGAAUCAUUUCCUAACGUUCCAGUUCUUACCGGAGCUUGCAAAAUCUGUCUCACCUUAUACCCAUGCAGAAGGCAGGCUGAGUCUGCCAUCAGCCUUACUCUUGCUCUGAUUCAAUGCUGCUUUGAUAUUUUGCAAAACGUUGAACUGAAACAAAAUAAAAUUGCUUUUCUGCUUACUGAAGAAGAUGUGUCAAGAGUACAUUGUCAUAGUAAACUAUGGAUUAGAAAUGGCUGUAUUCUUAUCUCACAGACAUCAUUCAUCCAGAAUAUAUCUCCAUCUUCUUGAAGUGCAAGAAUGCACUUUAAAACAGAGCAAGAAAUAAAAAGAUAGGCAACUAGGAAUAUUACAAGAUGCUCUGAUUUAAAAGGGAGCAUCUUAAUCUAGCUCUGGUCCAAGGAGAGAACAGACUUAUUGGCCCAAAUGCAAUGCAGCAGCAAAGCAGCAGGUGAGAUCCCACUGUGGCAUUCAGCUGAAGAAGCAUGGGCUGGGAAAUACAAGCUGGGUGAGGAAAUACAAGCUGAUGACUGUCCUCAUACAUACCACCUUGCCCAAAUGAAAGGCUCAUUGACCCCAACAAGAAACAGAAGUUUGUUAAUUUACUUCAAAUGCAAGCACCAGAGAAGUGGCUUGAGAAGUGUGUUUGUUUGAUUUUCAUUCAAGAAAGGAUGACACAAGUACAGACAAUUGUUAUGGCUGAUUACUACUAAUUUUGAUUUGUGCAAAGAUGUAAACCUCCCUGCUCCAGGGAAAAGUCUUUGCUCUCAGCUUUUGCUACUGGUCAGAGAUGCAGGGUCUCAUUGUGCUCACAGUGCCUUGGCCCUGUGAAACUGGGCCCUUCCCAGGCACAGCAGGUACACCUAGUGCCACACCUCUCCAAACCCAGUCCCUGCAAUGCUGAUACAGUCCCUGAUACAUGCAGGUACUCUGGCUACUCUCUUGUCCUAUUCGAGGCUUGCAAAAAUCAUGAUGCAAGCACUCAUAAAUACUUAACAAUAGUCCUAAAAACUGCUCUAACAGGCACAAUAUUGAAUAACAACAAUACUGAAGAUAACAUCUCUCCAAAACUGGAACUGUAGAGAAAAAGGUAGGUAAGUGUCUUUGACCAAAAUCCCCUUAGCCUGGUGAUAGAGUUUUGUAUGGGGAAUGUGCUGAGCAACUGUUUAAAUGUCCAACUUAUGCAAGGUGACCUUGGUGCUGUGUGGAACCCCAGUGAUUUUGGUCAUCUUUGCUAAAAGCUGAUAAUUUAAACAGUCCUGUAUUUUCUUUUAACUUGGUUUUAAUAGCUAAAGCCCUUCAUAACAUAAUAUUAUAUAUCUACUCUUGGGAGAAAAUUAAUCAGUUCCAUUAAGUUUUUUGUCUCUGUGCAUCGUAACCAAUUAUGAAUCCAAGAUUCACAGCUAUUAGCUUCACCUAGAAAUUCAG